AUGUCUCCACAGCCCACACUCGUCUUCCCAAAUUCUACUUCCCCACCGCUUUUCCUCUGUAACUCCCACAAGCUUUACCAACCAACCCAGAAAAAUUUCGUUCAAAUCCCGACACUUACCAAAAGGGCCUCUUCCACUCUCUUAUCCUUACCUCAUUCUGUCCAAAGCGGCACCGUUGACGGAAAGGAUUACCAUGAUGAGACCAUCAUUGGGGAUUGCCUUGUUUUCGAGGAUGGUAUUUUUGACGACCCUUCCCUCCAAAAUGAACCUCUAAAACCCCAGAAGAACAACCAUCCUAGCCGGAGAAAUGUUUCAGCUGAAGUGGUGCCUGAGAAUUUGAUUCCUGAAAAAUGGGUGGAGGUGCAGAGGGCAAUUAAUAUUACUAAGAAAGAUAGGCGUAAACUUGCUCACGAGUUGGAAUUCGGGCGGACUGUGGAGAAGAGGAGGGCGAGUUUACGGCCCAUAGGAAGUGUGAAUGCGGUGGAUUUUGUGAAGUAUAGGGAUGAGAGACUGAAGCAGUUGAAACCCAUUGUGCUGGACAAACCAGAAUUUGUCGAGGUUGGAAAAGCUGAGGAGAGUGAUAAGGAUGUGGCAGGAAAUGUGCAGGGGAGCUCUGGUGGGAGCAGUUCCAGUGCUAGGGUGAAACCAAGAAAUCCUAGGUUAGCGGUUUACGGUGGAGGAUUAGAGGAUAUCUCGGAGUUCUUCAAUAGUGGCAAUUACGAUCCAAAUGCUGCUAAAACUACUGAAGGUCCUCGUAAGUUAUUUAGCAAGGAAGAAAAGCUUUUGUUGAAUAAGCGGAUUCCUGACGUGGCAACUGCUACCUCUGGAAAAUGGCAACCUUUACAUACUCUGGUUGCAUCUGGAGAAUUUUAUCUCGUCAAUGCUCUGUUGAAGCACAAUGUGGACAUAAAUGUUGCUGACAAGGAUGGGUUGACUGCAAUUCACAGAGCGAUACUUGGCAAGAAGCAGGCUAUUUUCAACUAUCUCUUGAGGGAGUCCAUAAAUCCAUUUGUGCGUGACAAAGAAGGGGCUACAUUGAUCCAUUAUGCUGUUCGAACAGCAUCGAGUCAGAUGAUAAAGAUCCUUCUCCUGUAUAACGUUGACAUAAAUCUCCAGGAUGAUGAUGGCUGGACACCACUACACUUAGCUGUUCAAUCUCGCAGAACCGACAUCGUGCGGCUUUUGUUAAUCAAAGGUGCUGACAAGAGCUUAAGGAACAAGGAUGGUUUAACCCCUCUUGAACUUUGCCUUCAUUUUGGUAGAGAUACAAGGACUUACGAGCUAAUCAAACUAUUGAAGCAGCUUCCAAAAAACCCAUCUGGUGGAUAA